AGUUUUCAAUAACUGAAAAGACAUCAUGUCUCGAACACGGCAGCCCCCGCUUGUGACUGGCAUCUCUCCCAAUGAAGGCAUCUCAUGGACAAAAGUGACAAUUAGAGGAGAAAACUUGGGGACUGGGCCUACAGACCUCAUAGGUUUGACAAUCUGUGGGCACAACUGUCUGCUAACUGCGGAAUGGAUGUCUGCCAGUAAGAUUGUGUGUCGAGUCGGACAGGCUAAAAAUGACAAGGGAGACAUUAUUGUUACUACAAAGUCUGGUGGCAAAGGAACUUCAACUGUUUCCUUCAAACUACUUAAACCUGAAAAAAUAGGUAUCUUGGAUCAGUCUGCUGUCUGGGUGGAUGAAAUGAACUAUUAUGACAUGCGCACUGACAGGAACAAAGGGAUUCCCCCCUUGUCCCUACGUCCAGCUAAUCCGCUCGGUAUUGAGAUAGACAAAGGCAGAUUUCCUCAGAAAGACUUAGAGGCGUUGUUUCCUGGGAUGAGUGCUGAUUUCACUAGCGAAAACUUUUCUGCUGCCUGGUACCUGAUUGAGAAUCAUUCAACAACAAGUUUUGAUCAACUCAAAACAGCUGUUGUGAAUUUGAAGAAACAAGCCAAUAAGAAAAAUGAAGGGAGCCUGGCUUAUGUGAAAGGAGGUCUCAGCACAUUUUUUGAAGCACAAGACGCUCUGUCAGCAAUCCAUCAAAAACUGGAAGCGGAUGGAACGGAAAAAGUAGAAGGAUCCAUGACGCAAAAACUGGAGAAUGUACUGAACAGAGCCAGUCACACAGCAGAUACCUUAUUCCAAGAAGUGCUGGGUCGCAAGGACAAAGCUGAUUCAACAAGAAAUGCACUUAAUGUUCUUCAGCGUUUUAAAUUUCUUUUCAACCUUCCCUUGAAUAUUGAAAGAAAUAUUCAAAAGGGCGAUUAUGAUGUGGUUAUUAAUGACUACGAAAAAGCCAAGUCACUCUUUGGAAAGACAGAGGUUCAGGUAUUCAAAAAAUAUUAUGCUGAAGUUGAAACUGGAAUUCAAGCUUUAAGAGAACUUCUGUUGGAUAAGCUGCUGGAAACUCCAUCAACAUUGCAUGAUCAGAAACGUUAUAUAAGGUAA